AUGAUGAUGCGCCGUGUGAUGUGUGUGUUGGCCGUUGUGCUGUGCUGCGCCUGCGGGUAUACCAUGACGGCUGCUGCUACUACUGUUAAUGCUGGACAGCCAAAGGCAGUGAUGGCGCAUUGGAGUGGUUGGGGUGAUUUAGAUCUUUCGGUUCCCAAGAAAGCCGGUCCAGAACCUGAUAAAGGGAGAACCGGUGCCGAUCCUCAGAAGCUCACCCCUGACGCGUUACCGGGUGCCGAGGAAAGAAAAGAUUCUCUUGUUUCCAGUGAACUAGAGUCUCACUCCGUUACUGGGGAUGGUACUGUUUCUCCAUCGCAAGUUCAAGUUCAAGAACAACAGAAAGUAGUUAGGCCAACUGAAGAUGAACAAUCUUUGCAAGUUUCCCAACCAAAAGAACAACCA